CCGAGGCUGGGCUGCUGCUGCCGGACAGACCCGGAGUCUCCCGAUCACCCGACCGGUCCUCACCCACCGAGGGGCUGCCCCGCGAGGCUGAGACCCCAGCGACGUGCAGGUCGGACCCGGAGCCGCUCUCCGUGCCUCCCGAUGUCGGACUUCAAGCUGGGCAUCGUGCGGCUCGGCCGUGUGGCCGGGAAGACAAAAUACACACUAAUUGACGAGCAGGACAUCCCGCUUGUGGAGAACUAUGCCUUUGAGGCGCGCAUGGAGGUAGAUGCAGAUGGCAACGGAGCUAAGAUCUUUGCCUACGCCUUUGACAUCGGUAAAGGCCGCUGGGCAGGGAGGCCGCUGCACGAGCUGCUGUGGGAGAAGCACAGAGGAGGCAUCGCACCCAGUUUCCAAGUCAUCCACAUCAACUCUGUGACAGUGGACAACCGGCUAGACAACCUGCGGCUGGUGCCGGUGGGCUGGAGCCCCAAACCGGAGGAGAUCUCCAGCAAACAAAGAGAGCAGUCUCUGUACUGGCUGGCCAUCCAGCAGGUGCCGGCCGACCCUGUGGAGGAGCAGUAUCUGGAGCUAAGCCGCACACGCUACUACAACGCUAACGGGGAGCUGGUGGAGGAAGAGGAGUGCUCCUGCACCUACUACGAGUGUCAUUAUCCUCCCUGUUCACUCAUUGAGAGGAGGCUCCGGGAGUUCAACAUCUGCGGUCGCUGCCAGGUGGCCCGCUACUGUGGCUCCCAGUGCCAGCAGAGGGACUGGCCCGCCCACAAGAAGCAGUGUCGCGAGCGCAAGCGAGUGCUGGCCCUGGAGUCGGAGCCCGAACGAUGAUCUGCCUUCAUCCUCGCCUGGGAGAGGAUGGGGGAAGAAUUGGGGUGGGGGGGGUCUGGGUUUGACUUCUGGCAGGAAAGCAGAUAUGGAGGGCUAAACGGGAAAUUUGCUGGCGAGAGACUAACGACAGAGGACAAUGUUGGUUGCUUGAUUGAUUGGAUUCGGGGGGUAAAGAAGACUGAGGAGAGGAAAGAAGAAUAAAGCAAAAAGACAUCGGCCGCUUCCCAGAACUGGUAGUUCUCCAUAGCUUGCUUUUCAUUUGGAUGACGGGGAAAGUGUAUUAUUAUUAUUAAUUAAUAUUAUUAUUAUUUUCGUUUGUUUGUUUUUGUCUUUAUUUUUCUCGAGGGGGGGCACACCCUCGAGCUCUACCUGCUGCUAUGGUUUUGUGUGUGAGGGGGAACAAGUCGUCUUGUUGUUGAACUGGACAAGCUUCUUCGGACCACAGUCACAGACGGACAGUUGUCGUCAUCCACUUUUCCGCUCCUCCACCCGGCCGCUUGGGUGCGGCGACGUCCGUGCGAACGGGGGAUUCCGUACCCAUCGUUCAAGCUGGUACAAUGGGACAUGGACCUUUUCACUGUAUCGCUCCCUCUCUGACCUCUGGCGUGCACAGCCGCCGUCUUCAUGGUCACGGACACCUUCGCCACCUCCCUGUCUUGUCGCACUCUCCACGCCGCAAACCACGACACGCAUCAGACAGAUUUCACUGAUUGAACCACACUUCCAGUAUUGAGUGUGGGUGUGAGAGAGUGAGUGUGUAUGUAUGUUUGUGUAUGUAUGUAUGCUUGUAUGUGUAUUUGCUGCCAAUAUGUACUGAAGGACAUUGAAAUGCUUAACGUGGUUUACAGGCCGCACUAACGUUAUGUCUGUUCUCUUCUUAAAGGGGCCAUAUUACGCAAUUUUAAAUUUCAUAUUUAAUCAACUGGUGGGUUAAAAAUUUUCACUGUUCUGUAAUAAAAGUAGUUGCCAAGUAAA